AUGGUCACCCUGAACAUGCAAAUUAAAUUUAAACUGAAAUUGACAAAAACAUUUGUUUCAGAUGGUCACAUAAAUCAACAGCCAAGAGAGAUUUUAGAAGAUAAGUUGACAGAAUCAUUAGGAAAAUUGAUCUACAAAGCUCUAGACUGGGGAAUCGAGAGCCAUAUGGAGAGAGAGUUGAGCGAGUCCCUGGCAAAGCUAAUAACAUUUAUGCUCAAACUGAACGCAGAGACCUCAAACACCGCAGUUGCUUUACAGGAUGUAAUCAAGAUCUGUGAGGAUCACUUUCACAGACCAUCCGAAGCUGCCAGUCAUUAUACAACCAUCUGCCAAAUGCUGUUCUCUGAGUACAUUGAGCUUCAGAAACUUACAUUAACCAUACAGAGUUGCAAAGAGUAUUUGGGAAGAAUGGAGGUAGAAGACUGUUCUGCCACACAGAAGACAAACAAUUGGAAAAGUAUGAGACUGCAGAAGGUUAUGGGGAAAACUCUGCACAGCAUUCCUCCAGGAGAAGGUAUCCUUUCACCCUACAGUAUGGUGGUGGAUGAUAUCAAAAACAAACGCUACAGCCUCCAUGCAGUAUCAGUAUGGAAAUUGAAGGAGAAGACCUGUCGAAAAUUCAGCCUGCAUGAGCAGCUUAUGAUGGAAGUCAAAAAUCCACCUAAACUUCGACCUAUCUUUGAACAGAAAAGUAGCAACAAUGAUAAGGGAGAUAUUCAGAAGUUCGUCUUGGAUUCUCCACAUAAUAGUAUAAUCGCUGAACAAAACAUCAGUAUUAACCUCUCAAAAGCUAAAAAAACACGACCGAGCUGCAUUCACUCAGAUUUGGAACUAAAAAUAAAACUUAGAGAGUUAUGUGAGGAUGGCAGGGGAUCAGAAACCAAGUUGUCACCUACUUACAAUCGGACAUGUUUAAGAUGGUCAUUACCAAGCAUUGCAGAUUUAAUGGGAACAAGAUAUUUAGAAAUAAAAGAUUCCUGCCAAAGAGAAACAAGUAAUCUUCCUUCAAGGGCUGAGCUUUGUCUCCUUUGUCACAACCAAUUCUUUAUAUGGCCUUAUGUGUGUCAUCUCUGCAGCAGUGUCAUCUGCAAAGAUUGCUGCAUCAAAAUGUCUAUGCCAGUCAGACCUUGUGCACGCCUUCCGCUUAACGUCUUUAAAGCAAUACAACUGGACAAGGAAGAUGAUCAAGGCCUGCACAACCAAAAAGCUGCACAGCUUGAAGUAGAACAGUGGGAUUCAUCAAGAGUACCUCUUGUGUUUGAACCCCAUUGCUUAACACCACCCUUUGCCGGCCGCAUAAAAAGUAUGAUGGAUUGGCCUUCCAUGGACAUCUGUAUCAAAUGUGAGCAAUACCUUCUGGAGAUGCUGUCCCAUCAUUCUCCCUGUAGAAAAAGACGCCUGUCAUGGACUGAAUUGGAAUAAUGGUUUUUACUGCUGUGCAAAAUUGGACAAAUGUAAACCAGUGAUCUUACAGACUGAAAUGAAUUGAUCCUUGUUAUUUUUUUAUUUUUUCUCUUCUCACCCAACGGGACGAAUUCUAUUAACCUGAUCUGAAAAACUAUACUUAUUAAAGAAAAAAUGAAAAAAUCAUAUACAUCUUUUUACAUGCAAUCAAUAAAUACUUUCAA